GAGGAGGCUGCCGGAAUGCCUCACCUGUGCAGGUGCACCCGGCGCUGCGAGCUGAUUGGCUGCAGGUGCAUCGAUGUGACCGCGCGCAGCCAAUCAGCGUGCUAUGACGUCAGCGCGGAUUCAAAGGAUCGCUCAGAUUUGUUUCCAUCGGUGAUUGAGGAAGAAGCCGCGGCCGUCAGCUCACCUGAGCAGGUAGAUCAGUCCAAGCGUCCGUCCGCGCACCUGGCCGCCAUGUCAGCCCCGACGCCUCAGGAUGGGAAGCAGCAGCAGCAGCAGCUGGACAUUCUGGACCCGCAGUUCCAGCAGCGGCUGGAGAACACCCGGGCGCAGGUCCGGCAGGAGAUCCAGCUGGAGCUGAAGAUCAAAGAGGCGGCGGAGAGGAUGCGGCGGGCGUACCCGAGCCGGCGGGGCGGCGCCGUGGACGGCGAGGUGAAGGCGUCCAACCGCAAGCUGGAGCAGCUCCACCUGCAGCUGCAGGAGCUCAACGCCAUCUCCAUGGCAACGGAGAAGGACAACCACACAGCGGCCGUCCCAGAGGAGGAAGAGAACCAAUCAUCAGAGCCGAGUCAGUGGGAGGAAGUGACAUCACCACUGGCCAGCCGCAUCAGAAAUCUGAAGAAACAGCUGACCAUGGAGACCAAAGUGAAGCAGGGCGCCGAGAACAUGAUUCAGACCUACAGCAGCAGGUCCUUCAAGGACCGGAAGAUGCUGGCCACGGCCCAGCAGAUGCUCCAGGACAGCCGGACCAAGAUUGAGCUGCUGAGGAUACAGAUCGUCAAAGUCUGCCAGGCCCGGGAGGAGGGCUCUUCCCUUGGUCCAGACGAGGAGAUGAUCGGCCCGGUGGAGCUGCGCGUCGCUGAGCUGCUGCACCGCAUGAAGAUCGAAUCGGCCGUCGCCGAAGGAGCCAGGAACGUGACGAAGCUGGUGGACCUGAAGGAGCGGCGGGUUCUGACCGAGGCCCAGGCCCGGAUCCAGGAGUCGUCCCAGAAGGUGGACCUCCUGCGUCUGUCCCUGGAGCGGCGGCUCGCCGAGCUUCCUGAGGAUCAUCCCACACGAGCCGCCAUCAUGGAGACUCUGAAGUCUGGAAUCGCUCCGUCCUACAGAACGCCGAAGAAACAGUCCGCCGCUCCGUCGUCUUCCUCAUCAUCCUCCUCGUCCUUCUUCAGACCGGCCAGUCUAACAGGUCCACUUCGUUUCCCGUCCGAUCCAAACCGCUGCGGCUCGUUUGAUCUGAGCAGAACCCUCAGAACAUCCGGAUCAGAAGUGACCCGGUUUCUCCCUCCUGUCUCUGUUCCAGCGGAGGUCAGCGCCGUGCUGAAGGUCGACAACCGGGUCAUGGGCCGGACUCACUGGAGGCCGCAGGGCAAGGAGGCCUGGGGCCAGAACUUCAGCACCGAGCUGGAGCGGUCCAGGGAGCUGGAGGUGGCGGUGUACCGGAGGGACUGGCGGGCGCUGAGCGCCGUCAAGUUCCUGCGCCUGGAGGACUUCCUGGACAACCGCAGACACGGCAUGUGUUUGGAGCUGGAGCCUCAGGGAAUCGUCUUCAUCGAGGUGACCUUCAUCAAUCCCGUCAUCGAGCGUCCGUCCAAACUCCAGAGGCAGAUCAGGAUUUUCUCCAAGGAAAAAGGGAGGAACUUCCUCCGGGCGUCUCAGAUGAACCUGAACUUCGCCACAUGGGGCCGCCUGAUGAUGAACUUCCUGCCGCCAUGCAACUCCCCGGAAGCCAUGAGUCCGCCGCUGCCGGCUGCCGGCGCCGCGGCGUCCAGCGGCUCGCCGCCACGAGAGCGAACUCCGUCCAGACUCGCCGUCUCUGAAGAGUCCAUCAGAAGAUCUUCUCCUCCCGCCAGGAAGGAGACGGAAGACGCCUGGCAGUCUCCUGACCGGAGGAGCCUGAAACCCAGACGGCAGGCCUCAACUGGACCGGCGCCGCAGUCCGCGGCGCUGAAGAUGGACGACUUCCAGUGCGUUUCUGUCCUGGGAAGAGGACACUUCGGAAAGGUUCUGCUGGCCGAGUACAAGAAGUCUGGGAAAAUGUUCGCCAUCAAAGCGCUGAAGAAGAGUGAGGUCAUCACGCGGGAUGAAGUGGACAGUCUGGUCUCCGAGAAGCGGAUCUUGGAGGUGAUCAACUCGGCCCGCCACCCGUUCCUGGUCAACCUGCACGGCUGCUUCCAGACGGCCGAACACGUCUGCUUCGUCAUGGCCUACUCGCCGGGCGGAGACCUGAUGAAGCACAUCCACACCGCCAUCUUCUCCGAGAAACAGUCCCUGUUUUAUUCUUCGUGCGUUCUGCUGGGUCUGGAGUUCCUCCAUCAGAACCAGAUCGUCUACAGGGAUCUGAAACUGGACAACCUGCUGAUGGACGCCGAUGGAUACGUCCGGAUCGCAGACUUUGGUUUGUGCAAAGAAGGGAUGGGCCACGGCGAUCGGACCAGCACCUUCUGCGGCACGCCGGAGUUCCUGGCUCCGGAGGUUCUGACGGAGGACAGCUACACCCGCAGCGUGGACUGGUGGGAACUGGGAGUUCUGGUGUUUGAGAUGCUGGUGGGGGAGUCGCCUUUCCCAGGUGACGAUGAGGAGGAAGUGUUCGACAGCAUCGUGAAUGAGGAAGUGCGCUACCCUCGCUUCCUGUCGCCUCAGUCCAAGUCGCUCAUCCAGCAGCUGCUGCAGAAAAACCCGGACCAGAGACUCGGAUCGGGGAAGGACGACGCCGCCGAGGUCAAACGACACAAGUUCUUCCAGAGAAUGGACUGGGACGCCCUGCUGGCCAAGCGGCUGAAACCCCCCUUCCUGCCGACCAUCGCGGCUCCGCAGGACGUCAGCAACUUCGACGAGGAGUUCACGCGUCUGAAGCCGGUUCUGACGCUGCCGAGGACGCCGACCGCCGUCAGCGCCGAGCAUCAGCAGGUCUUCAACGACUUCGACUUCUCCCUGAUCAGCUGACGGCCUGGCUCUGCCCGGCCCCGCCCACUUGCUGUUGACUCCGCCCACUGGCCCUGGACUCCGCCCACUGGUUGUUGACUCCGCCCACCGGCCGUUUUAAGCGGUUUUGCUUUUUUACUCAGCACUUUGCUCCCAGUCUGAGCUGUAAAUAUCCUUUAGGUCAAAACAGUGAAUGUUUGUCUUUCUGUGUUUUAAAUUAUUCUGCAGAAAUGUGGAUGUGAUGAUGAUGAUGAAGAUGAUGAUGAUGAUUUAUUAAGCAACCAGCCUAUUUAAUGUGAGAAUUGAUGAAUAAAAGCUGGACUUUCUUCUCA